GGGCCGGGGCGAUCGUAUGAGCCGUGCGCGGGGUGUGCUGUGCCGGGCCUGCCUCGCGCUGGCCGCGGUCCUGGCUGUGUUGCUGCUACUGCCGCUGCCGCUGCCGCUCCCUCGCGCUCCCGCACCCGACCCCGGUCGCAUCCCGACCCCUGGUCUGACUCUCGAGGUCUCCCGCCUGCAGCCCGACGACGUCUUCAUCGCAGUCAAGACCACUCGGAAGAACCACGGCCCGCGCCUGCGACUGCUGCUGCGCACCUGGAUCUCCCGAGCCCCACGGCAGACAUUCAUUUUCACCGAUGGAAACGACCCUGAGCUCCAGCUGCUGGCAGGCGGCCGCAUGAUCAACACCAACUGCUCUGCUGUGCGCACCCGGCAAGCACUGUGCUGUAAAAUGUCAGUGGAAUAUGAUAAGUUCAUAGAAUCUGGACGAAAAUGGUUCUGCCACGUGGAUGAUGACAACUACGUGAACCCUGAAAGCCUGCUGCACCUGCUCUCCACCUUCUCUUCCAACCAGGAUGUCUACCUGGGGCGACCUAGUCUGGACCACCCCAUCGAGGCCACUGAGAGAGUCCAGGGUGGUGGCACCUCAAACACAGUGAAGUUCUGGUUUGCGACUGGUGGGGCUGGGUUCUGCCUGAGCAGGGGCCUUGCCCUCAAAAUGAGUCCAUGGGCCAGCCUAGGCGGUUUCAUGAGCACAGCCGAGCGGGUCCGACUGCCUGAUGACUGCACGGUGGGCUACAUUGUGGAGGGGCUGCUGGGUGCCCGUCUGCUCCACAGCCCCCUGUUCCACUCCCACCUGGAAAACCUGCAGACACUGCCUUCUGAUGCUGUUCUGCAGCAGGUCACCCUGAGCUAUGGGGGUCCUGAGAACCCACGCAAUGUGGUGAACAUAGCUGGAAGUUUCAGUAUACAGCAGGACCCUACGCGGUUCCAGUCUGUGCACUGCCUUCUCUACCCAGACACCCACUGGUGUCCUGUGAAGAACGGGUGAGGUAGCUUUUCGGUAACUGAUGACCCCUGGUGGCUGCUCUUCUUGGCUCCCUCGGGCCUUGGAUUCAGGCAGUCAGCAGAAAGUGAAGCUGCUUGAAGGCCUCCUACAGUUCCUCUUCCAGGUGGACACCAGGUACCUCGGGAAAGUGAGGACAGCUGGGCUGUCCGUGCGGAGAUUCAUCCAGAGACAGCAAGAAAGGCAGUGCUGUGGAACCAUAGACGCCCCGCCCCGCCGGCAGGGCUCCCCUUGAUAAGGUCUACUAACCCAGUGACUGUGGCCCAGGAGGGGACUGGUUCCCAACCUCCCCCGGCUGCAGCUUGUCCUCCCUGCAGAAGAUGGUGCCAGAUGGGCUGGUCAUUAAGGGGUGGGCUCCAGGCCUGGCCACAGACUCUUCCUGGAGGGCCUGCAGGGCCACUGUCAAAACCCAGAACGUGCAGACUACCUGGCCAGUGGAUGCUUAAGACCAGCCCCAAGGCUGUGCUUCUAUUACCUCAGUCCUUCCCAGAAUCAUCACCGGGAGACUUUCUUCCUCUAACUUGAUGUGUAGGGUUUUUCUUCCCAGAGCUUCCCAUAAAUCAGUAUCACAGAGCCUUUCCUUUGGGCCCCACAGGAGCAAGAUGCAGACCCCAGAGCCCACUUUUAUUGGGGUGCACUGUGGGGAAGUGGCUACAGUAUUGAGUAAAGGUUUCUUUGCUGUCCUUG